CAUUUUCAUGGACUUCGCUGAAAGGUUCUCAUAAAAUCAGUUUUUCAUGAAGAAGUACCUGUAAAAGUCACAUCUUACCAGUCAAAUUGGGCUACAUGUCGGAAAUAGGGUCACGUUCAUAAUCUGAGGUGAUUGAGGUCUGGUGCCCUACAUUUGAAAGCUCUUCUGAGCUGGGGGUGAAUCACUAUGUGCAGAAUGAGUUGUACAUAUUUCAGUUUGAAGUUUUAUGCAGGACAGGAGGAGGGGAAACCACACAGCUACUCAGAAUCUCAAUUCAACUUGACAAGCAGCCGUCUACAGCAGCUCUCAACCUGGUCAAUUCAAAUUAUCAUCAUCCUCUCCUAAAUUAGCUAUUUAAGGAAUUUCACUCUGUGAGGUCAUGCAAGGUAAGUUUAAAUUACUUCUUUGUGAUUAUUCUCUAUGUAAUAUUUUUUUUUCAAAGUGAAAUCAGUUUCAGAGGCAAAGACAUCUAACAACAUUUGUUUUUGAGUUGUGAUUUGAAUUGUGCAUUUUGUAUAAAAUCAAUCAUGAAUAAGACCCAAUCAUUUCUUGGCCAUAGCACCCAAAUCUGACAUGAUAGAAUUGCAUCAUUUAUAACUUGCUUAUAAGAAUAAAGCAGUGUGUGCAGCAGUGUGUGACUUCAGACCACAGAAUGAGUUGAGAUUUAUCCCCAGGCUUUUGAUAAGCUCUUCUUCUCUCCUGUGUCAGAUAUGGAUGGGAGGCUGUAUGACGCCUACGUGGCAUGCCUACAGCCCUGUGCCAUCGGAUUCAGCGAGGAGGUGGAGACGUUCACCCUCCAGACUCUGCCCAGAGUGUUGGAAAAGGCCUGUGGCUACAAACUCUUCAUAGCAGGCCGUGACUGUGUCCCCGGGGAGGCCAUAGUGGACUCAGUGGAGGAGAACAUACAAGCCAGCCGGCGCCUCCUCCUGCUCUACACUGCCUCCACUUUCAGCAGCAAAAAACACACAAGCAGCACAAGCAGCUUGAGCAGCAACAAUAACAACCUCUCUAAGAACAACAACAGCGAAGACAACGGUGAAAGCAAGAUGGGUGAGGGAGGCAGCGGCGAAAGAAGUGAAGAAGUCUUUCCAGACACGAGGCAGAAUCUGGAGGUUCUGCUAGCAAUGCACAAAACGCUACUGGAGGGAUCGCUCAAGGUGGUUCUGGUUGAGUUGGAAGAGAUCAACUCGGCUCAGCUGGCUCUCUUCCCGGAGUCGGUGCAACACCUGAGGAAGAAGCAGGGUGCAGUGUGUUGGUGGAAGGAGCAAAGGAAGAGGCAAAGAAGGAGGACAUGUAUGACAAGGAGAGAGGAUGAGGAGAAGGCCGAAGGUAACGCGCAGCUGUCACCGUCCCUCUCUCCUUCCUCCAGGUUUUGGAAGGAGAUCAGGUAUUAUAUGCCAGUGAGGGGCAAGAGGGCGGUCUACCCCGAGAGAACUGCCCUGUUGAACUUAUGAUGGGCUGACGAUAUGCUUCAGAAAUACUGUGUUGUCAGAGUAAGCUGUGAGGUGAACAGCGGGACUUUCCUUCAGCUCAUGGACCUUUUCAAUUUGCACAUUUUGGAUGGUAAAACUUGUGCAGAGGAUUCCAGUCUGGAUGAUCUUGCAUCACCUGAUCUGUUGAUAUUCCAUAGCAAGUGGAGACUGAAGAAUCACCUGGAUAAAGGAGGACGGAUCAGACAAAAUCAUCAUGUAUAAAAGUAAAAUGUACAUAUGUAAAAAAACUGACGUACGGAUCGGUAUCUGCUAUGUGUGCGCCAUUCACCGCUGCGGUGUGGCCAUUCUCCGUAGGGGCAUUAGCCUGCAGGAGAAUAUGCUAACUAGUGAACCUGUUAUGUGAGCCAUUCACCGCCGCGGUGUAGUCAUUCGCUGUAGCCAAAUUGUCUGCGGGGGAAUAUACUACCUGGUGAGGUUCCCUAUACGGGAAUAUAGUGAACUUGGCACAUGGCAACAUAUGCACCGGAAUUUCCCCUUUAAGCCCAGCAAACCACCUGAAAUGCAAUAAAAUAAUCAGUCUGCAAAGCACAUACAAAUUAUUCACUCACAUGUUUUGUUUGUAUCGCCAAUAUUCAAAACAUGAUUCGUUUCAUCGGGCUUAACAAAUGCGACAUCCUGUCCUUAACCCUCGACAAGAGUAAGGAAAAACUACCAAAAAAAACCCAUAAACAGGAGAAAAUGUAGAAACCUCAGAGAGAGCCACAUGUGAGGGAUCCCUCUCCCAGGAUGGACAGGAACAGAUGUAUGCCACGGCAAGGGUGCAAUGAAUCCCUUGGCAUUGUUCGCAUUGUAUCGUCACCAUUUGAGGGGAUGAAGGCACGCCGAAACAUGCCUGUGACUACCCCGGACGCAGAGACGUGAUGGAUCCCGAGAUCUGACAUGCAACAAAGGAUUUAUGCAGCGGAGAUUACAUAUUAAAACAUCAAGGCUGCAGAUGAUGUUUGAGAGUCAAUAUUCCUUCUUGUGGUGUCCAACAUAGCAUGAGUAGCAUUGAUGAUGGAGUGUUGCAGUCCUAGCGGUGCCACAUCUUAGUGAGUGCGGGGACAGCAUCCAGGUGUUAGGCCUCAGCUCUGGCAGGGAUGGCGAAGCUUUGAGGAGAUCUCGUCAUGCAUUUUCGACCAUUGAUUGGUUGAAGAGGGAUGCAAGCGUUUGAUCAUAGAGGAGAAAGAACAGAAAGCAGUAUUAUUCUGAACAAUGAUAAUUCAGAAGUCUCGACAAGAUCUAUCAGACUUGUUGUGAACAUGUGUUCUUCUAAGACUAGAGAGGAUAAGGUCAUGUAGAGGAUUAAAUAAGUGUCCUUGUCAGAUUUCCUAUUAGACUGCUUCCGUUAUCGUAUACUCUGACUCACCUUGACAACAAUUCAGUAAUAAGGAAAUAUAAAGCCAAGGUAAAUGUUAGGUAAGACUGUCAUCAUUGAGGAUUCAUAGCUUUUCUAUUGUAGCAGCAUUGACACAUGAUAAGGUUAUAAGUUCUUGAUCUAUUCACUGCUCUGUAGGAAUUGGAUGAAUACCAUGGGGUCAAGACGCUCGGGUAUGGUUGGACAGAUGGGAUUUCCCUCUGCUUAAACAGACCGCCUAAUGCGGUGGAUGAGUGCUGUGGCUUAUUGUGGCAAGUGAAGUAUGUCACCUGAUAUAUGUCACAUGAUUUAUGUCACCUGAUGUAUGGCACAUGACUGAAGCAGCGCAGCUCGAGUUGCCUGCCAGAGCUAGCUCGCUGGCUUCGCUCCAUUUCAGUCCGACAACUCACGUUUGAUUAUUUAUCUUAUUUAUUACGAUAUUUAUUAUUCACAGUAGAACAUGUUUGUGUUUGGCGUCUAGGCUCCAACUUAAUCCCUCCCCAUAUGCUAACACAGGAAUGAUGGGAGUGAUGAGCUAAUACUGUAACCCCCCAACACUGCACAGAUUUUGAGCCUGACGGAUGAAUCGGUAUCUGUUAUGUGUGCGCCAUUCAACGCCGCGGUGUGGCCAUUCUCCAUAGGCGCAUGCCUGCUGGAAAAUAUGCUACCUAGUGAGCCUGUUAUGUGUUCCAUGCCACUGCGGUGUGGCUAUUCUCCAUAGGCGCAUGCCUGCUGGAGAAUAUGCUACCCAGUGAGCCUGUUAUGUGUUCCACGCCACUGCGGUGUGGCUAUUCUCCAUAGGCGCAUGCCUGCUGGAAAAUAU